CGUGCGCUUUUUUUCCCCCCGCUUUGAGCUUGCCGUUGUCCCUGGUAGAGGCUGUUGGGUAAUGUAGUGCAGCGUUGAACACGUGAGGCGGGUGUUUGCAGAAACAUGGCGGGCAUCGAGCUGCUGUCGGACCAGGGAUACCGCCUGGAUGGAAGGAAAGCCACCGAACUGCGGAAAGUUCAGGCUCGCCUGGGUGUGUUCGCUCAGGCCGACGGUUCCGCUUACCUGGAACAGGGAAACACCAAAGUUCUGGCUGUGGUUUACGGUCCGCACGAGAUGCGAGGUUCAAGAAGUCGUACUCUCCACGAUCGAGCCGUCAUUAACUGCCAGUACAGCAUGGCCACAUUCAGCACCGCAGAAAGGAAGAGGAGGCCGCACGGAGACCGUAAAUCCACCGAGAUGAGUCUCCACCUGAAGCAAACGUUUGAAGCUGCUGUGAUGACCCAGCUCUUCCCGCGCUCUCAAAUAGACAUUUAUGUCAAGAUUCUGCAGUCAGAUGGUGGGAACUACAGUGUGUGUGUUAAUGCAGCCACCUUGGCUGUGAUUGAUGCUGGCAUCCCGAUGCGAGACUACGUGUGCGCCUGCACCGUGGGCUUUGUGGAUGAGACUCCCCUCGCUGACCUUUGCUACGCCGAGGAGAGCGGAGGAGUCAGCUCUCUGGCGUUGGCGCUGCUUCCCAGGGGAGGACAGAUUGCUCUGGUUCAGAUGGACGCCAGGCUGCAUCAGGAUCACCUGGAAGCACUGAUUGAAUCUGCAACGACAGCUUGUAAAGGUGUGAGCAAGGUGCUGGAUGAGGUGGUGAGGCAGCAUCUUCAAGAAGCAUCGGUGCUCACCGGAGAGUAAUGAAUUAUGAAGUGGAGCCCGUUUGGACUGAGAAUCUCUGAACUCUUUCUUUAUUUUAUAAUAUUUCAUUGCAUUUCUUUAUCCUUUUGUAACCAGACCUAUAAAUGUGUGAAUGGAAA